AUGUACAAUUGGACAUUGUCUCGGUGUGCCUGUCCUCUGGUGUUUGAAGUGAAACUACUCGUCCUAACCCAAGGCUGCUACGUCAAGCCCGAAGAAUACGAGCAGCUCUCCACUGCCUUCCUAGUCGGCAGCAUCCGCAACCGCAUCUCGGUCCUCCGCAUCAAACGACGCGAUCUCUACGAACAACUGGGCUGGACCCUUCCUGAAGGCGGCGCCGGCCACAGUAGCCAGAAGAAGACGCCCAAGUCGGCCAAGAAACGCAACGCAGACGAGAGCGCCGACGACGCUGCACUGGAGACGCCGAGUAAGAAGCCGCGCGUGAGGAAGGGGAAGAAGGAUAUUGCUGUUAAGAAGGAGGAAGAAGACCAGGUGAUGGAGGAGGUGCUCGAUACUAUCUCGGGCGUUGAGGAGGAGGAAGGAGUUGAAGAAGAGGUUUGAGACGAGUUACACGGGGGACUUGGAGUGGGUAGGAUGGAUACUUCUCUUUUGUCAAAGGGGGUCCAUAUGGAUCUCCGUGAAGGCGAUCAUACUGGGGUCAAUGGGCGUUUGCUUCUUGCUUCCAUCAUGGGUUGGGGAAAAGGGCAGGGCAGGGCGUAUGAGGG